CCGAAGCCUCAGUGUGAAUACAACACUUGAACGCUCGACAUCGGUUUCUCGCUACACCUAGUAGUAGGUAGUACCUGGCUCGUGACGGUUCGGGAUUCGUUUGUUCGCGCGUGAUAAGUCAGUGGACCAUCAGGUUCUAGCUCCGCGUGUUAUCAAUAGGUACAACACGGGUGCGAGCGCGUAGAUUUUUGUUCGGCGGCGAAAGGUGACCGCGGCGGUAGAUAAACAACCUGUGUCACAAUACAAACAUAUAGUUGUUCAGCGGGAAGAAGAGCAGUGACACACUUUACACUGGAGGAGAAGCCGAAUUGGAUUGCAACUUGUUUGGAUACCUUCACGAUAAGUUCGAGUGAGGCUUUGGAAGCGAAGAUAGCGCUGGCUGUGGAGCGUCACUACGUUCAGCAGAAGCAACAGUCAGUCAUCAGUGCCUAUCAGGAGGGUGGAUUCCGACGAAGUGUGGCUUAACAGCAGAGCGCGGUCGGGCACGGUUGCCGUCGUCUGUGUGCACCGGGUGAAACGAUAUACUUUACUUUACAGUAAGGUGCUGCACGGCUAAUGAACUCCGUAUUCUGUCUCGGCUGCACGCUCCUGGGCUUCUUCGUCGCUACGUAGCCAUUAACAGUCGGUUGGGCGAUCGGUCGGCUGGGUAGUAAACUACAAAACAACAACGGUUCUCCGGAAACAUGACUCGGUGAAAGGUGUGAACAGUUGUUAGUAGUGUUUUUAGCUAGGCGCUUAUAGAAGGAGCUGUUGGUUUUCGGGAGGGGUGUGUGUGGGGUAACAAUUGUGCCAAAAUCUUCGCCAAACCUCAAUGAGUAGAGUAGUUUCCCGGGGUGUGUAGUUCCGCAAGUAGCAGCAAAGACAUGACGUUUAAAUUUCGCGAUUCGAUUAUGCUGGUGACCGUCGUGAUUGGCUGCGUUCUAGCAGCCGGCUCUCUAGCAACUACAGUACAACAACAAUCUUCCAACGGAGGGCCAGACCCGACCGCUCUCACCGUGAGGGCUCAGUCUUGCUGCCGUGACAAGGACGUGCUAUCCACGGUCCACCGGGAAUGCUUCAACCAUACGGGUAACGCUUCGUAUCCGCUGCAGUUGAACUGCAGUCAGUACUACAUCAUCUACCAGGAGGUGGAGACGGAAGUGCACGUGGACACCCAGGGAAAACUGGUGGAAAAUGAGUACGAAGUCGACUGGGAGAGAUACUGCUCCGGAACGCUGGUCGAAGGCACCGAAAACCAGCCGGUGUUUCUGGUGUGCUUCAACGCGGAAGAUCAGCAACCGAACGUGUCGUUGUUCUUCAGCAAGGGCAUCAUGAUGCUGAUUUCGGUGUUCUUCCUGGCGGCCACCCUCUACAUCUACUUCAUCAUUCCGGACCUGCGGGAAACGCAGGAUAAGGUCACCUCGAUAGCCGUGGCCUGCCUGAUGGUGUUUAUGAUACUGCUGAGCAUGGUGCAGCUGCAGGCUUCGCUUACCUUCCAUCCGGUGCUCUGCAUGACGAUGGCCUUCCUGAUGUACUUCUUCAUGAUCAGUUACUUCGCCUGGCUGAACACGGUGAUGGCCAACGUCUGGAAGUUGACAGUUGCACGGCGGUGGAAAAUUCGCGAGAAGGCAUGGUACGUCCUGAAUCACAUCUACGCACACACGGUGGCGCUCACCUUGACGGCCAUGGUCUACAUCUACCACAUGCGGAAUCCGACGUUCGGCGAAAUAUCCUGCUGGUUCCGGACGGAACGUGAGCAGUCCUAUUUCGUCUAUCUGCCGCUGAGCGUCAUGCUUAGCAUCAACAUUUUCCUCUUCGUGUGGACCAGCUAUCAUCUGCAUGCCAGCGGCGAUGACAUUAGCCCGGAUCGAAAGAAAGCACUCCGAUACAAAUGCAUGCUCUACUUGAAACUGUUUCUGCUGGCCGGACUGAUUUGGAUUUUCGAAAUCAUCUCCUUCCACGUGGAAGACGGACGUCUGCAUCGGUCCUGGUUCUGGUUCCUGAUCGACUCCAUCAACUGCCUGCAUGGGGUGCUGAUAUUCUUCGUGCUGAUCGUCUGGCGACAACGCAUCAAACGGGAACUGUCCGGACGGAAGGUGCUCUGCUUCCGGUAUCCGGCCAGCUGGGCCCAGCUCAAGGAUGACGAACAGGAACAACUGGCGGAGGAGGAAGCUGCAGGUCGAGACUACGGAAAGUAUGACUUAAUCAUCAAGUGAAUGGAACAAUAACACAGGAAGUGCACGUCGGUGGAGGGGAAUGGUUUUUCCCCAAAAACAACAUAAGGCAGCAGCAACAGCAUUACCGUCUCUAGGAAAUAAGCGCAACAGAAGAUUAACAACAAGCUUAACACACACGAAACAGUGACUUACGCGAAGGUACUUCAUCAAUUUAAGAUUUAGUUAGAUGUUAGUUAAAGCAAAGCAGUACGUAGCAAAUACUGUGUAUAAGCAAAUAGCUGUUAACAGAUGUAGGAUAGUGAUCGUUUGCUUCCAAGCUUAAGGCAUACAUACAUAGUUUAUUAUCAUAUUGUUGAUAAUCAGCAGAAUCGCACUAAGAUAAGUUGAAGAUAACAGAGAAUGUUUAUUGAAUGCGCAGUGUUGAAAUAACUCAAGCAUAAAAUUAUGGAUUUUAAUAAACGUAACUGAAUUGGU